UCGGCUCCUGCGGGAAGUGGGCGGGCGGCUGCGCGCGCAGCUCAGUUCAGGCUCCUCCCCUCCCGGCUCCUGAGCCCGCGAGUGGCUGGCAUCUUCUCCGCCCUCCGAGAUGGCGCUGGACCCCGCAGAGCAGCAUCUCAGACAUGUGGAGAAAGAUGUUCUGAUCCCAAAAAUAAUGAGAGAAAAGGCCAGAGAGAGGUGUGCUGAACAAGUUGAAGAUUUUACCAGAUGUUGCAAGGACUCUGGAAUCCUUAUGGUGGUAAAAUGCCGGAAAGAAAAUUCUGCACUGAAAGACUGUCUAACUGCUUACUAUAAUGAUCCAGCCUUCUAUGAAGAAUGCAAACUGGAAUACCUCAAGGAAAGGGAAGAAUUCAGAAAAACUGGAGUUCCUACCAAGAAGAGGCUACAGAAGCUUCCCACAAGCAUGUAGGCAAACAGUAAGUCAGGAAGCACAUCUUAUGGAAGCCACUUGCAAUAUAACCCAGAAAUAAUGGACUGAAAAAACUGUUUGCUCACCUAAUCAUGAACUACCGAUUCUUUUAUAUGAAAUAAAAUCUUUAUUUCAGA